AUGUCGAACAAAAAGAGCAUUAAACAAAAAGAAAAUAUAUCUAUUGACAGCCGAUUGAACCUGUUGGAAAGUAAUUUCGUCGAUUAAUUUUAGCUAAUUUGAAUAGAGUUUGCAUGUAACAUGAUGCCUUGAUGCCCAUGGUCAAUGAAAUCCCUCAUGUCUAAAAACUUGAAUAACAAUUAAAAAUACUACUAAAAAAAUAAGAGGAACUGGAAAAAAUCAGAGACAAAUCAAGAGAGACAUCAACCAACACAAGUUUCAGUGAUUUCAAAAGCAAUAGCCAAAACAAGCCAUACGAAAAACAGUUGAAUGAUUUAACAUUGAAGAUGAACUACUUGGAUAAUCAAUUGCAGGAAUUGUAAAAGAAGAGUCAAGGAAGAGUCGAAUAGCAAUUCAGAAUGUUUUCAGAUACUCAAGAUAUCUAGAGAUUAGAAUAAUUUGUAANACUUGAAGAGAAUGACCCACUCCUCCCUCCCAUCUAUUAAAUGACGUAAUAGGAACUACUACAAAGACACAUUGCCGACUCUAAACCUCUUGGUAUGCAAAUGUAGACUCUUCCCCAACAGCAAGAGCAACCUAAAGCUAUCAACAAGAAAAUGUAUAUUGUUUAAAUAUCUCUUAGAAGCAAAAAAACCAAUACUUGUGGUCAUCCAGACAAAGAACAUUACGCCAAGGGAAUGUGCAACAAUUGCUAUCAUCGUUUAGGCAGAAACAAACAGCCUUGGUUAUGUUCACACAAAAAACUAUAUGCAUGUAAUUAUCAUCUCAAUCCUUUUAGGUGGACUCUGUUAGAAUUGCUAUAUCAAUCAAUAUAAUAAAAAACGAAGAGUCGAAAAUCAAGAUCAACAAGAAUCAGAACUCAAUAACCACUCCAGCAUACCAAAAACAGACAAUUGA